GCCGGAAGUGGCGGCGGCAGCGGCGGGGCCGGCAGAGCGUGAGAAGAAUGGGCUCCGUGUCGGAGGAGCUCAGCUUGGUCCCCCUGCACCGGAGGCCGGAGCUGCUGGAGGCCUGCGCCGCGCUGCUGGGCGAGGAGUGGGGGAAGAGCCGGGCGUCGCGGCUCCACACGCUCCAGCGCUCCUCGGAUGCCUUCCCCGCCUGCCUGCUGCUGCUGCGGAGCCAGGGCCCCGCCGAGGCCCCCGCUGCCCGGGAGGCUCCCUGCCAGCUCGUGGGACACGUUCGGCUCUCCCGCGUGGCCGGCCGGCCCCACGACCUCUUCGUGGAGAGCGUGGUGGUGGCCCGGGCGCUGCGGGGCCAGGGCUACGGGCGGCAGCUGAUGGAGGCCACUGAGCGGUGGGCUCGGGCCCGGGGCUUCAGGUGCCUGCACCUCACCACCCAUGACAAGCAGGAUUUCUACGCCCACCUGGGCUACGUCCUGGGCGAGCCGGUGCAGAGCGUGGCCUUCCUCAGGUCCCUCCUGCCUUGUACCCGCAAGGGGGACCUGCCCCCCCAGGCAGCUGGUGGCAGCGAGGGCUGGAGGCACUGGAGCAGGAAGGUCAUGGAGAGCGUCCGGGCCCUGCGCCGGGGGGAUUAG